AUGAACAUAACUAUUAAAGAGAGCCUAGAACAUGUGUGUGAAGUCUUUGCAUUUUUUGGUAUAGACUACAUAUCAGCUGAAACACUGAGAAGAGGAAAGAAUGAUAAAAAGGUUAAAAGAAGGAAAGUAAUAAUAAGAUAUAACUUUUUAAUAAAUGACUUGUGUUUAUUGUAUUUUUUUGAAUUUACCAGAAGAUUUAAACCUAGUUAUAAUGAUUAUAUAAAAAAGGAAAUAACCAAAAUGGAAGAGAAGUAUAUAAUAAAUGUUGAUAAAAGUAGGAGAAAUAUAAAUAAUAAUGAUAAUAAUAAUGAUAAGGAUAAUCUAUUUAGUGAUGAUGAAGAUUAUUUAUAUGAAGGUCUUGAUGAUGACACAACCUAUUUUGAUGACUUUAAUUUAAUAUCUCCGUUAGUUAUAUUAUUAUUAGAAUAUUUUGAAUAUCCCAGAUUAUAUCAAUUAUUAAAAUGUAACUUUCAGAAUACAAAAGAAUUAUUAUUAUGCAUAGGUUUUUUAAUAGAUAGUACGAGUCUAUUUGAACAAUAUGACAAAAGACAAAUUUAUUAUGAAGAAUUCUUUCGAAAUAUACAUAAUAAUAAUAAUACUAAUAAUAAUAAUACUAAUAAGAUGAAGACAAGAAAAAAAGAUGAAGAAAAACAAAACGAAGAGCAUGAUAAAGAAUAUUAUCAUUUUUAUCAUUAUAUUAAUGAAGCUAUGAACUUACUAUAUAAUAAGCCAUAUGAUAUUGAAAUGUUUCAAUAUAAAUAUUUUUAUAACUUUUUACAAUCACUGAAAAAAAAAAAGAAAAGAAAAAAAGAAAAAUAUCGUAUGGAUAAUAAAAGGAGAGUCGACAAUAAACUGAUUGCUAAAGAGAAUAAUAACAUAGAUAAUAAGUCCAUGUGUGAUCAUAUUAAUAAUAAUAGGAACGAUAAUUCUGUGAGUACAGAAAAUUAUGUUCUUGAUAAAUGCAAGGCACUUAAUAAUAUUGAUAAAGAUUAUAUAUAUAAUUCUGAUGAUAUAAUAGAUAACAUAAAGGAUAAUUUGAUAACCUUAAUUGAUUAUAUACAUUAUGAUUAUUCUACAUAUCAAGAAGAAUUUCUUACUUCCUAUUAUAGUAAUAUAUAUUCUUGUUUAGAAGAAAAUUAUAUAUAUUUAGAUGAAGAUACACAUAAGUUAUAUAUAAAAGAAAUAAUCCAAAAUAUUAAUAAAAAUUGUAAUAAAUUAAUACAAAUAUAUAAUAAAAUACAAAAACAGAUAUUUUAUUUAGAACAUAUAGAUCUUACAAGGAUAAAGUUGUUUUGUGAAUUCAAUGACAUUGUUACAGCAUAUGUACAACCACAUAACGGUAUUAUACAUAUAACUAAUUAUAAACAAAAUAUUAGGAAUACCGAAAGUAUACUUGAUAAAUGGGGAAUUCAAAGGAAAAUUAAAAAAAUUAAUUUGGAAAAUAAUUUCUUAUUUAAUAUAUCUAUAGAUAAUGAAAAAGAAAAUAAUCUUAUCAUUACAAAUAUUACAGGAAAUAAUAAUAUCAAAACUGAUGAUGAUAAUAAUAAUAAUAAUAAUAAUAAUAAUAUGUCUCAUAUUAAUAUAACAAAAAAAAAAAGGACUACUACCCCAUUAUCACAUUCAAAUAAUAAAAACGAUGUGAGGACCAAUAAUUAUAAAUCAUCAGAAUUUUUUGAAGAUGUCCAUUUAGAUAUAUUAGAAGAGAAAAUAAAUAUCAAUGAAUUUUUUAUUCUAAAUAAUAUAUCUUUAUAUAAUAAUAUUAUUCAUAUAUAUAAAAACGGGAAAUUCUUCUUUCCAUAUGAACAAUUGAGGGCUGUUUUCUGGAUAUGGAUACAGUCCAUAUUCUCUGACAUAUCAUAUUUGGAAAAAGAUGUUGAAGAAGAAAAAUUAAAAGAGAAAGAGAAUAUAGAUCUACACGUGGAUUUCUUUGAUAUAAACAAUAACAAAUUCUUUUAUGAUAAUAUAGCACAUCGUGAUGAGGACAACCCUUUACAAAUCCAUAUACUUAGUGAUCUGACAAAUUUCGAAAUGAACUACAGACUAGUCAAAGAAUAUCUGAACGAAAAGGGAUGCACCUGCGGUUACAACAAAGUUGUAAAAAAGGAUGAAGAGAAAAAUAUACCUAAAUUAAAUAAUAUUAUUAAAUAUAUUAAUAAUUUACAUAACGAAUUUGAUGCUUUUUAUAAUUAUAAAAAGAAAUCGAAAAAUUUAAAGGGUGAUAUGUUUGUAGAAUAUUUAGAAGAGAAGAAAAAAAACAUGAUCAUAAAUUCAAAUAUAGAAAAAGAAGAUUAUACUACAUUAUCACAUAUUGUAAAUAAAAAAUUAAUACCUAUAGAUAAAAUAUUAAACUACAACCCAAGUUUGGAUUUUUCAUAUAUAAUACAAGGUAUUAAACAUAACAAUUUUAUUAAAACGUCUAUUAAUAUAAAUCAAGUACAAGAAAAUGAUUGGUAUGAAAUGUAUAUUUAUCAUAAAAAUAAAAAAAAUAAAUCUUCAGAAAAGAAAAUUAAAAAUACAUCUAUUCUGUUAAAUCAAAAUUUUAUAAAUAACGAACAUAAUAAUAAUAAUAUUAUAAGAUUAACAUCAUCUUCAAAAUAUAAAAUAAAUGAAAAACCAUCAACAUAUGCAUCAACCAUUUUUCAAUAUUCUGAACAAUUCAUAUCAAAUAAUGAUAUUUACACUUUUGCUGAUAACAUUAACAAAAAAAGGGAACAUUUCUUAGAACACAUCAAAACAAAACAACACAAAUGCCGACAUAACUUUUAUCAUAUACUUUCAAAGGUGGAAACAUACAUGAACUGUGUAGCAUAUAACUUAUAA